AUGUAUCUUUACAGCCAUGCUGUUAUCCCACAAUGUUAACUACUAGAUUUAUUAUCAGAUCACUUCACUGCUUGUCCAAGAAACCGUUCCAUUCUUUACCUUCAUUCCACGACCAUCGUAAAAUGAAAGUGGACUUGAUUCCACUAUUGGAAGACAACUAUGGAUAUCUUAUAAUUGACGAGUCUACAAACGUUGGAGCUGUCGUGGACCCAGUGACUCCAAACACUGUGCUAAAGGCAAUCUCAGAUGCUGGAGUCAAAGUCGAACAAGUUUUAACAACACAUCAUCAUUGGGAUCAUGCAGGAGGCAACGAAGAGCUGAACACCAAGGCACCUGGUAUGACAUUUUACGGAGGUGACGACAGAAUAGGGGCUCUGAACAAGACAGUGUCACACAAUGAUACCUUUAAUAUUGGUUCAAUGAAAGUUACGUGUUUUGAGACUCCCUGCCAUACCUCAGGACACAUCUGUUAUCUAGUUGAAGGAGAAGGGGCUGAUCCAGCAGUAUUUACAGGAGAUACCCUAUUCGCAGCUGGAUGUGGACGUUUCUUCGAAGGAACAGCACCCCAAAUGUACCGAGCUCUGAUAGAAAUCCUCAGCUCCCUCCCCGAUAACACUCGUGUGUACUGUGGACACGAGUAUACAGCUCAGAACCUCAAGUUCGCUAAACACGUGGAACCUGACAACCUAGCAGUUCUGGGAAUGAUUGAGGAGGUUGCUAAAAAACGUGAAGCUGGGGAACCUACUAUACCGACAACUAUUGGACAGGAGAAAACUUUCAACCCAUUUAUGAGAGUAAAAGAGAGUGGGGUCCAGAAGUUUGCAGGAUGCUCUGAUCCUGUCGAGGUUAUGAAAGUAAUCAGGUGUAUGUUGACAUCAGUGGACAGUUACACACUAACACUCUGCGAACAUCUCUACACAUUCGAGGUUAUUGGUAGUACUGUUUUUAUCAGAAACAACACCCCACUAUCUUGGAAAGGGCCAUGUGAUAUCAGAUCUAUUAAUGCAGUCUACAACAGCACGUCUCUUAUUCACGUCAAGUUGACCAAUGACACUAGUUAUGUUCUUAAUCUAGAAAAGGCUCAAUUGAAAGAGCUGCUGAAACUAUCCCUCUGCCCUGCUGCUGUUUAUAGUUCACCUGAUUUUCUGAUACACCACGACAAUAAAUCAUGUUAUCUCUAUCAUCUGAGAUCGGGCAAGCUAUCAGUGAAGCUCAAUCACCAACUAAUAGGCUAUGACUUCAGGACUAAAUCUUACAUUUUCAAAUCUGCAGACGCAGCUCACGCUUAUCUAAAGGACUCUCUGAUAUUGAAACCCUACAACAACCCCUGUCUAGACUCCGUUACAUCCCUACCAAUAUCCUGGGUAACUGUAAUAUCCGCUCACUCUCUGAUCCUAGGAACAUCUCUCCGCCGAGUCAUGUAUGUAUACGACGGUAUUAUAAAAUCUCACUUCAGACUACCCCACUUAAUAGAAGACAUUAACCCUACGAGCGACAUCCAGAUCAGAGUAUCAGGCAGCUGUGUCAGUACAGUUCUGACUUUGCCUGUGUUGGGACUAGUCAGGACUACCGAGCAAGAGGACAGUGGUGAUGUGAGCGGUGCUAUGCAGCAGUUAGUAGUUUCCUGUGAUAACCACAUUAGAAAACAGCUGGUGGGUCUGAACAGAUUACACUCUCGACAUGAAAAGAAAGUUGACUUCUUGGCGGAAAUUUGGAAUAAGUUGUUUAAUUUACAUAAUGUGGAUGGAAUUGUACAAGAUUUUAGUGCUGAUCGUGGGUCCAAGAAAAGAAAAAUCGAGAAUUCUAAUUCUUCAGAUUUGCAUGCUGCUCAGUUGCCCUUUCAGAUACCGAUAAGUCCAAAUACCUCCACCGAGAUAUCUAUUUUUCUAGAGUCAGACCGCACAAUCUCAGCUUAUUGUACAGAUGCAUCCAAACCUCUACUUGGCACCUGCAAUGGUAUUCCGUUUGAUUACUCUGAGUGUAUCACUUUGCCAAGAAGUUUACAGUUUGGGAGAGGGACUAAAUAUGAUGUUAGAUUAACACCUGAAUUCAGGGAAAAUCUUCGCAGGAUGUUCGCCAAAGCGUUAGUCUCUGGCCAAGACGAUCUGAUGGUCGAUACUCUGGCUCAUUUAACUAAAAUAGUGUUAGCAAUCGACAAUAGAUAGUAUAGAUAACAUUAAUCGGGCAUUAACAACUUAGGUAAAAUUGAUGUUUGUGGACUGAUGUAUUGUGCUGUUUUCUUUUUCUCCUUUUCGGUAUCUAUUCACGAUGAAGAUUUUUAAAGCAUUUAGAUUGUCGCUAACCUCAUUCUAAAGCGGAUUUUAUUUGUUUGUAAAUUGAAAACAUAACUUGUGAUUACUUGUGAUUAACGUUCAUGCUGAAAUACUGAUAAGAAUGUAUAUUUUAAAUUGCUGUAAUAUUUUGUUUAAAUCGAAUUUAUCC